GGGGCGCUGUGGUGCGAGCGGGGGGUGCAGGUGCUGCUGACGGCCGUGGGCGCCUUCGCGGCCUUCGGCCUCAUGGCCAUCGCCAUCGGCACCGACUACUGGCUGUACGCGCGCGCCCGCGUCUGCAACGCCACCAACGCCACCGCCCUGGGGACAGCGGCGGGCACGGCCAUGGCGCACGGGGGGCUCACCCACUCGGGCCUCUGGAGGGUCUGCUGCCUCGAAGGGCUGAAGCGGGGGCUGUGCCUGCGCAUCAAUCACUUCCCCGAGGACCUGGAGUACGACCACGACAGCGCCGAGUACCUGCUGCGCGUGGUCCGGGCCUCGAGCAUCUUCCCGAUCCUGAGCGCGGUGCUGCUGCUGCUGGGCGGGCUCUGCGUGGCGGCCUCGCGGCUGCGGCGCGCCAGGACCAGCCUCGUGCUCGGCGCCGGCAUCCUCUUCGUGGCCGCCGGCCUGUCCAACAUCAUCGGCGUCAUCGUUUACAUCUCGGCCAACGCGGGGGGGGAGGGGUCGGCGGGCGGCCUCCCCUCCCCCCCCCGCCGCGACGGCGAGCGCCGCCCCUCCCCCUACAGCUAUGGGUGGAGCUUCUACUUUGGGGGCGUGUCCUUCAUCCUGGCCGAGGCCAUCGGCGUCCUCGCCGUCAACCUCUACAUCGAGCGUCACCGCAAAGCCCCGCCCCCACCCCCCGCCCCGCCCCCACCCCCCCUUUUACCUCGCCAAGCCCCGCCCCCGCUGUCCAGGCCACGCCCCCCGCGCCGCCGCUCGCGCUCGGGCUCGCGCUCCAGCGGCAAGUCACGUGACCCCUCCCCGCCCCCACCGCAGCGCGGGAAAUCGUCCUCCCCUCCCCCACCCGAGAUCUCCAUGUACACCCUGAGCAGGGGGGGAGGGGCGGGGGAGGCGCCCCUCCCCCCGCCCGGAGCCUGUCCAACAUCAUCGGCGUCAUCGUUUACAUCUCGGCCAACGCGGGGGGGGAGGGGUCGGCGGGCGGCCUCCCCUCCCCCCCCCCGCCGCGACGGCGAGCGCCGCCCCUCCCCCCUACAGCUAUGGGUGGAGCUUCUACUUUGGGGGGCGUUGUCCUUCAUCCUGGCCGAGGCCAUCGGCGUCCUCGCCGUCAACCUCUACAUCGAGCGUCACCGCAAAGCCCCGCCCCCACCCCCCGCCCCCGCCCCCACCCCCCCUUUUACCUCGCCAAGCCCCGCCCCCCCUCUCCAGGGCCACGCCCCCCGCGCCGCCGCUCGCGCUCGGGCUCGCGCUCCAGCGGGGGCGGCGCCCCUCCCCCCUCCGGCCCCGCCCGGCACGCCCGGCCCCGCCCCUCCCCCACCCGCCGGGGCCUUCCUGACGCUGCAGGGGGGGGGAGGGGCGGGGGGAGGGGCCGAGACCCCCGGGGGGGGCACCGGGACCCUCAACAGGAAAACGACCCCGGUCUAG